AUGGUCUCAAAAGGAAUUUUCCUCCUUAUCACUUUCCUACUGCUCAUCUCCCACUGCCCAGUCGGUAGCCAAUUGAUGGAGUCGGUGAGUGUGUUGGAGAAUAGCGAACUGGGCACCGUAGUGUACGACCUCCGAGAGGGCCUAUUGCGCAUCCUUGAUCCCGGUCAGUUGGCCAAUGUGACAGUAUACGCGGGACAGCAGGACCUCUUUUGGCCAUUCGCCCUCAAGGAUCUCCGCAUUAUUGUCGCCCGUCCCCUAGACAGAGAGGCGAUCUGCGAGAAGCAGAGAGCCUUCGAUCUCAGUCAGUACCUCAGUGGAGCACUAAACGGUGGUGAUUGCCCAAUCUAUCACUGCUGCCAACUGCUCCACAUUAAUGUCGUCGUGAGUCCCACCAGUCCCACGCAGGUUUUCUUUAUUCGAGUAGCGGUUCAGGACCUCAAUGACAACCCACCCACCUUCCCCCACCUGGAGUCGCCCUUCGCCACUAUCCCAGAAGAUCUGCCUGUGGGUGAGAGGAUUCCCCUCCCCGAAGCCAUCGACAUUGAUAGUCGACCUUUCGGGGUUAUGGACUACCGAAUAGCCCGAUGGAUUCAAGGAAAUGCCUCCCACUUUCAGCUGAAUACAAUGACGGAUCAAGAGGAUGAGGAAGUAAACAUGAAAACUGGACAUCCUUAUUUGAGCGUUGUCCAUCCUCUGGAUCGGGAAACUGAAGAGGUCUAUGAAUUUGUCUUGGAGGCAAUAGAUGGAGGUCAAGGAGACGGAGAAAGCCCAUUUACAGGAAGUGUAGGUAUACUUAUUCGAGUGCGUGAUGUCAACGACAAUGCACCGGAAUUCGAUGAGAAGGCUUACAGUGCAGUGGUUCAAGAAAAUACCCUUCCUCGAAGGGUCCUUCAGUUUAAAGUGGCCGACAUGGACGCAGGAGAGAAUGGGCGAGUCUUUCUCAGUAUAUUUGAUCCAACUCACAAGGCCAAUAACCUAUUUCGCGUCUCUCUACAAAAUACCCUUCCACCACCUGAAGCGUUAAACAGAUACUCCCAAUCUCGACGUACACCCGGAUCAUUCUACACCGCGUCAGUUCACUUACUUGAGUAUCCGGAUGCAGAACAGCUGCCACCACGAUUGAAGUUCCACAUCACUGCCACAGAUAACGGCCAGCCUCCUCUAAGCUCGCGGGCAGAAGUAAAUGUCGAUAUAAUCAAUGUGAAUGAUCAAGCACCGAACAUCGUUUUUCUGCGCGAGGGUAAGCGCCUCACUUCGAGUCGUCUGGCGCUGCCUGAGGUGAUUACUGUGCCAGAGUCCAUCGUGGUAGAGGUGCAUGUUACAGAUUCGGAUUCCAACUUGGGUCAAUUAAGCUGUUCUGUCACCUCUGAGAUGGACGCCUUCCGUCUCAUCGAGGUACAUCCCUUCUCCAACGGUGGCGACUCUGCUGCAACAGUUCUGUCGAAUUUCAGACAUUCCAUUCCUUCUUCUUCCACCUUCUCCUCUAGCUCCUCCUUCCUCUUCCCCUCCUACCGGCAAUUCACUUUACGAACUAAGGUCAAUUUGGAUAGGGAAACAAAGGCCGCAUAUAUGUCGCUCCUUUCGACGAAAAAUGAGAGAACAAUGGACACAGUGUUGCAUAUGCAAAAGCGCCUCCACCUGAUGCUUAGACCUGGAGGAACGAAGGAUAAGCGCCAGGAGUGGGAGCUUUUUGUGGUCGCAGACAAUGAUUCAGCUAAGCCCCUUACCCGCAAUGCGAGUCUUCACGUCAGUAUUAGCGAUAUCAACGACGAGACACCGAGGUUCGAACACACCGCUUAUCAGGGCCACGUCCGAGAGAACCAAGCCAAUGCGCCGGUAACGCACCUCUCGCCCUCUCCAACGCUUUGCGUGACCGACGCAGACAUUGGGCGCAACGCCCUCAUCACCUUUUCGUUGAAAGAGGCACCAGAGAAAGCGGGCAAAGGACACCCACUGAACGCCAGCACUCGUGACACCUCCGACGUCGGCUACUUCCGCAUCGAUCCGCGCUCCGGUCGACUCUGGACGGUAACCGCUCUGGAUGCAGAGGAAGACGCCCCGGGUGAGCACAAGUACGUCUUCUACGUGGUUGCUACCGACGACGGCGUACCGGAGAGAAGAUCCAGUUCCGCGUUGGUCACUGUCCUCGUCGACGAUGUAAACGAUAAUCCACCGACCUUUGAGCAUUAUACUUACAACUUUGAGAACGCCAAAGAAGUACAUUAA